UCUGGCCAAACUACGGGUUCUUUUACUCAAUGUGAAGGUUCUUCCAUGCUAGCAGAAGACUCUCCUAACUCCCAACAUAAUCAGGGUUCUUUGUGUGAAGCUUAAGGUUCUCAGAGAGCUCAGUGUUAUUCAGGGUUGUACCAUCCAAAAUUUGUGUCCUCAGAGGGUUGUUCCGCCCAAAACGGGGGUCCAGUGAGUGUUUCUAAACUACUUCACUUUAAGGUUAAACACUGAUGCACUUCUGAUUCAGGAUUAGUUAUGUAAUCACAUUAAUACUAUGUCCUCUAUUUAAAAACUUAGAUUAGGUUUUUAUCAGUGUGUGGCUAGUAGUACACUAGUAUAUUAAUGGCUGUCUCUGUUUGGUCUGUGCCUUAGUGUGCUGUGUAUAAUUGAUUUAAUUUAUUAAUAAUUUUUAUAAUCCGGAUUUACGUACAGGUAAAAUUAAUUUUUAAAAUAAUAAUGUUCUAGAAUGUCUAUGCGGCCCCCUGGCACCAUCUCGCGGCCCCUCAGUUCGUGAACCACUGCUUUAGCUUAUAUAAAGAGGGCUGAAGAUUGUGUGAGUGUGCAUGUGUAAUCUCUGCAGACCUUUGAACCAGUUGCUCAUUGACAGAUUGUAGAAGUAUGCAUGCUCAAAGACACACAUAUACACACACCCUCACACGCACAGUGAUGAAGACACGUAGCAACUGCUGCUUGAAUAACAGAACACUGAGGAAUUGUGUACUAUGGAUGUUUUUAGGAGAUGGAGGGCGGGUUGGCGUUAUCCCACUAUGCUGCUGUGUUUUUAUGGAUUUUUCAGCUCGGUGAAACCGAUAGAACCAUUUCUCACCAGCUACAUGACCGGCCCUGAUAAAAACCUCACCAUCGAGCAGGUGACCAAUCAAAUUUUCCCAUUGUGGACGUACUUUUACCUGGCCAUGCUACUUCCUGUGUUCCUCCUCACAGACUGGCUGCGCUACAAACCCCUCAUUGUGGUCCAGUGCUGCUCCCUUUUCAUAACCACAGCACUGUUGCUAUGGUUACACAGCAUGGGUGCGAUGCAAGCAGUGCAGUUCACCUACAGCGUGGUGACGGCGUGUGAAGUGGCGUAUUUCUCUUACAUUUACAGCGUGGUGGAUUCGCAGUUUUACCUAAAAGCCACGUCCUUCUGUCGCACCGCUCAGCUCCUCGGCUACACCGUCGGUUCUGUCACUGGACAAAUCCUGCUAUCUCUCGAAUUAAUGUCUCACUACUACAUACUGGUGUUCACGUUGGUGCUCAUUUCCAUUUCCUUCAUUGCCACACUCCUCCUUCCAAUGCCCAGAACCAGCAUGUUCUUCCACCAGAGUAAAAGAGUUGACAAAGGAGGAGAUUUGAAUCAGGUAGAAGACUGCAGUGAGAAAGGAAAUACAGAAGAAACAGGAAAAGUUGAAACAGACUUUAACAAUCACAGGGUAGAGUUUAUGGAGGAUAAGCAGCAGGACUCACAGACGUUUGGAGCAGACGUAGAGAAGAGAGGUUGUAGUGAAACUAUGCUGCAGCUCUGGUUGGAUUUCCGAUGUUGUUUCUCCUCCACUGAAAUGCUGAUCUGGUCCAUGUGGUGGGCAGUGGCGACCUGUGGCUACAAUCAGACUGUAAACUAUGUUCAAUCGCUGUGGGAAACCGUAGAGCCAAGCAAGAACAACACACUAUUCAACGGAGGAGUAGAGGCUGUUUCCAAUCUGUUUGGUGCAGCUUCAGCAUACAGUGUUGGGUUUAGCCGUGUUAACUGGUCUCGCUGGGGUGAACUGACUCUCGGCUCUCUCUCUGCCCUCAGCAGUGCAGCACUCUAUGUCAUGGCCUUCAUUUCCAACAUCUGGGUCUGUUAUGGCGGCUACAUUGUCUUCAAGAGUCUCUAUAUGCUGCUCAUUACCAUUGCCAUGUUCCAGAUUGCUGUCGGUUUGUCUGUAGAGCGCUAUGCACUUGUUUUUGGAGUCAACACCUUCGUUGCACUCGUUCUGCAGACGAUCCUCACAUCCAUCGUCGUAGACAGCAGGGGACUCGGCCUGGAUGCCAUAACACAGUUUAUUAUUUAUGGCUCAUAUUUCUGCCUUAUUGCUCUGAUCUUCUUCGCAAGAGGUGUGUACACAUUGUACCUGCAGAGGGCAAAGCAGAGAGUAACAGAAGCGAACACACAGAGUGACGGAGAACAAGUAUACACACAUUCAGUGAAACUCUGAACAAUUCUCGGUGAUGCGGAUCGUGGUAGAGAUAGGGUGAAUGAUGCGUUGUUUUUUUUUCUUUAAACAUGAAACGUUUAAGAAUUUGUGGAAAAGUUCCAAAAAAUGAACUGAUAUUCAUUUUGCAAUAAUUUGCAAUAAACAGUUCUAAUCA